CACAAAUCCUAAAUUUAUUUGUCGACUAGGUACUUCAUUUCGACACAAUACGCGACCUCCGAAUAUUUUUGUGUAGGAGCCAUGUAUGAACAUUUCCAUUAACGACUCUAAGAUACAGAUUGAACACCUAAACUGCAAAAAGUAGCGCACUAACAAUGGCUUUGCUGAACGUCCCGCCUGGAAAACCACCCACCGCAAUUUCUUCUGAAUUCAGCCGAGUGGUCAAUGGAUACUUGGGCUCAAGUGCCAUCAAACUUUUGGGCAUCAGAACAUCACAACGGUCAUGGCCGAACAUUAGCCGCAACAACUCUAGAUCAAAUAAACAUGGCUUCUUCAAAACGAGUGCAUCCAGGGAGGACGAUGAGGGCAGAAACAUUGUGGGCGACUUUUGUCCCCUUUAUUCAUCUCAUACUAAUCUCAAUUUCCCAUCCAUAAAAAAAUUGCAGCGUUCAUUGACUUUACACGCCGUUGACACCAGCAAAAAUGGAGCCCCAAAUAUAACAGAAACCAAAGUGGAUCGCUGUGGAGAGAUUGUACGAGUGACAAAAGAAACAAAUGUUCAAGUGAAAAUUAACUUGGAUGGCUCAGGAAUAUCUGAUUGCAAUACUGGCAUACCUUUUCUGGAUCAUAUGCUAGAUCAAAUUGCAUCACAUGGAAUCUUUGAUCUAGAAGUAAAGGCUUGUGGAGACAUCCAUAUUGAUGACCAUCAUACAAAUGAAGAUGUUGCUCUUGCCUUUGGAAAUUGUUUACUGCAAGCUCUUGGAGAUAGGAAAGGGAUCUAUCGCUUUGGUGAUUUUUCAGCUCCCUUGGAUGAGGCUCUUGUGCAUGUUGCCUUGGAUUUAUCAGGACGUCCCUUCUUGGCUUAUGAUCUUUGCAUACCUACACAAAGAGUUGGCACAUAUGAUACGCAGUUAGUGGAGCACUUUUUCCAAUCUUUGGUCAAUACCUCUGGGAUGACUCUGCAUAUUCGCCAGCUUGCAGGAAAGAACUCUCACCAUAUUAUUGAGGCAACUUUCAAAGCAUUUGCAAGGGCUCUUCGGCAAGCAACUGAAUAUGAUAGCCGUCGAAGAGGAAGUAUUCCGAGCUCAAAAGGUGUCCUAACACGUGCUUGAGAAUAUGAAAGUCAUUGCACCAAAACAAUGUUUCAGCUAUUUGAGCUGAGGAGAUGUUACAAAAUCGAAAAUUGUGUAAAGAUGCUGAAAACUAAAUUAAAAUAUCAAUUAAUUUUCAAGACAAAUUUUUAGAUAAAAGAUUUUGUCUAUGGCUAUAUUUUGUAGAAGACAAGAUCGAGUGAUAUUUAGAUGGUCUCACAGAGUUAUAAAUUAUAUGUACACUUUCUUCUUAAUUUAUUAUUCUCUC